CAGCAUGAUUCAGUACUAUACCAACAGCGCACACAGAAGUAUCCAAGUCUUUCGCUCUUUCGCUUUGCAAAGUGAUUUUACCCGGGAUUUGAGUAAAACAAUCACGUGUCGAUUGUAAAUCAGGAUUAACUGCAAUUGAGUUAUAAAUCUAAAAUAUUUGGAAUGGAAAAGCUUGUGACAUAUCCGACCUACCCUUUAGAACCGUCUUCAGAGGAAGCAUCUGAGCUCCAGUGAUUUUUAUCACUUUUCGUUGUACAAGUAAUUAGUGUGAUUAUAUAAUAACAAAGAGGCCAACUUUGAACUCCCAGUGAAAGAAACAUUGUGAUUUGAAGGCAAAUCGAGACAGUAAAACUUUCAAAAGAACUUCCAGAAGUGUUUUUGAGAAGACUUUUUCAAAGUAAAUUCCACCCAAGAAAUUUACUUGAUAGAUUCUUUAACACUUUUCCGAGAAGAAAGUGUAAUAUGUUUGUCGUGAGUGUCGUGAAUUCUAAUAGUGGUGUUGCAUUGAAAAGCUCCAAUAGAAAAGUCCUGCUGAAAAACCAUCAUUUGCAUCAUCUAAAAAAGAAGCAAAUGUUUAUUGAUAACUUUGUCGGCGGCAAAAAUCAAUUUAUGUUUAACAAUAUCCAGACGAUCCAGACGAACAUUAUUUGUGGCUCUAUUUGUACGAAAAACACGAAAAUGAUGACCAACAAAAUGAUGUUGAGAGGAAUCCGCUCUCGGCUCACUUGUUGGCGUUGUCGCUAAAGGCUUUAAGAUUUCAUUAGAACUUAACCGCGGAUUAAUUUCCCGUUUAAGAUGUCUUCCGUACAGAACGGAACAAGCAGUGGCCCAUCAUGGCGAGAACUCAUUAUCCUCGGAAACAUUGAAGCUCUUCAUACCGAGCAACAGUAUCCGCAAUACGACAACGGCUAUCCACCACCAGCAUUGCAACGCACAGAUCCAGCACAGGGACAUAUUUUUGCCACUGGGGAACGUCGCUCAAGUGAAUCUCGUGGUAACACCAGACGAGCUCGCUGCAAUAAGUCCUUGGGAUCUGAUAGUCCCGAAGCGCGAAUUGAGGAAUUGUAUUCGAGAGGAGGAUCUGCAGACGCGUGGGAGUACACAGGCGAUAGGAUUGUCCAGAGUGGCGACGGAUAUGGUCAUCAGUUCCGCCGCCAGACCCGCGCACCCAACAUUCAGCGUUUUGAAUCUGGGCAAUAUAGGUGAAGUGCUGAACACACCGAUUGCAGAUUCAGACGCUGAGUUUAGUUUUUCGUCGAUUUCUGAAGGGGAGUCGAUCAACAUUACCAACGCAGCAACAUCUACUCAACACACAAGGUCCGCACUAGGACACACAAUCUCAAAAAUCCGAUCAACGCAGUUUUCCAGCAACAUCAAGAACAAAGGCUACGACCGACAGAUGCUGUACCAGCAGCAGCCCUUCCCGGCCAUGUCGCCGGAUCCUUGGGGUGAAGUGCUCUCCGACUGUCCAGCCAUGGAGGGUCCAGAGUCACCGGGGAGCUCAAUGAGCUCCCCGCUCAUGCCUCUGGACACGUCCUUCGACUACGAGACCUACUCGUUGUGCGUGGACGGCGAGGAGAUCGCAUUGCCGCUGUCUCAGAAGGAGGACUCAAUGUGUCUCGCCAAUGCACACCUCCAGAUCAGCUCGCCACAGAAGUCACCCAGCGAUCACUCCUACUCCAUGAGUGACGCCAUGAAGCUGAUGGAGGAGUCGUGCGAUGAGUAUGACGAUGGCUUCAGCACAACAGACAACCGAGUGCUGUACAGAGACACAAUGAUCAGCGAUGCCUCGAAAGUGAUCAGUUUCAUUGACGAGGACACAAAUUUGGAGACAGUGAACUACAAUGAGAUCAUGAUAAAGAAGGAAGCUGUUGAUCCAGUGGACGAUUACAGUUUAGAAGCAAAAAAAUCAAUAGAAUCAGCAACAUAUAUGAAUAAUAUGCAAGCCUGCCAAUCAGUGAAGCAGUUGAAUGAACCUGUGAAUAGGAUAAGUGAAUUAUCCACAGUCGCGGAGGAUUUAAAUUUGUGGAAACCGAUUGAGAAGGUUGACUUUGUAAAACCUGAAGACAAAACAAUUAUUACCUUUGAGGAAGCAGAAGUGCUCACAUACAAGUACGUUGAGAAGAAAGUGGAGGACUCUCUACAAAUUGAUAAGGCCGUAAAGAAGGGCCCCAGCACUAGAUUUAGUAUUAAGAAGGAGGAGGAGCAGGAGAUCACGAAGAAGAAGAGAAGCAACAGAAUGCGUCAUCACAUGAAUGAACUUCCAAAACUCAAUCUCGGCGGAAUUCCGGCCCAAGUGAAAUCAGUUCUGGAUUAUGAGCAGAAGCAGCAGCUCAACACACCUGACAUUAUUGAGGAGACACUCAAUAUGGAGGAGGAGACUUUCGAUCUGAUCGAUUUCAUUUGUCGCCAGGAUCUGCAGAGUGAAUUGGUGGCAACUCCUGUGCCGUCGCCCAAGUCUCCUGAGGAGCCGUCGCCGGAGUCGCCAGCAGCCGAUGUCUCACCAUCUGCAGCAGUACCUGCCUCGGCUACGUCCAUGCCCAAGCGGAAACGACUGAGCGUGAGCCUGUACGAGAAUCCCAGCAGCGUCCAAUCCUGCCAAUCCAGCGUGGAUGAGCCCGCGCCCAAAAAGAAGCGCGGACGUCCGCCAAAGACGCACAGCUCUCCGCCCAGUCCGUCGCAACUCAAGGGCCUCACGGAACAGGAUCUGCGCUACUGGGAGAUGCGGAACAAGAACAACGAGGCUUCCAGGCGGUCGAGGCUGCACAAGAAGCAGAAGGAGAUGAGCUUGGAGCAGGAGGCUGACUCGCUGGUGCGACACCAUCAAUAUCUUUUGGAGCGCCAGAAACGGCUGCAGAGGAAGGUUACACUUCUAGAGAUUAAGUUGAAGGAAGCUAUCCAGUAAAUUGUGUUUUUUCUUUCAUUAAUGUAUCCAUUUUAUAGUGUAUGCGUUCAAAGCAAACGUAACUGAUUGAUGAAUUUUAAGAAAAAAAUAUUACAAAAGAUAAAAUAACAAAAAAAACAUUGUCGUACAACAUUGUAUUUUAAAGUUUUUUUUAUAUUACAAAGUUACAAAAAUAAAAUUUUACUGUACCUACAUUUUUUCUAAGAAUAUUGAUUUCUUUGAGAGCAAAAUAAUCCCAUUUAAAGUAACCAAUAUUGGUAUUUAAUGGUUCUUGAUGUAAACUGUGUAGAACAAGUAGUAGAAACAAAUAAAAUAAAUGUGGCAAAUA